GCAGACUCCAUAGCAGGCGCAAAGGGCAUUGCGGCAGGGGCGCCCAGUGAUGUCAACCCAAUUACUGUUCCGAUCCCCGGUGCAUUACAUAUUACUAUUCCCUACGAGAAUAAUUUGUUAACUACAACGAGUCAACCCAUCCCACCUCCCACCUCCCACCUACUCCCUCCAUACAUUUCUACGUGACGUCCACACUCCCUGGCGCUCACAUUCCCAUCAUGUGUCAUGGCUACAUCCGACGACGCGCGAGAUUAUGUCCUCGCGGUGGAGAAUAACAAGGACGAAGCUGCUCAAAUUGCAACGUCUGCUGCGAACAAACUCGAGACCCGUCAAAUCACCCUCAUCGAACUCGUCCAGUCCCUUGGUGAAUACAUCAAUGACGAAGAUGUCAACAUCAGGGCCCGCGCUAUCUCCUACCUCGUUGCCGUCCUAUCCAACUUGCCCCCAAAGUUUCUCUCCCGCCAACAGAUUCAGGUCCUGAACCAGUUCCUGUGUGAUCGCAUUCAAGAUGGAGGGGCUAUUGAAGGUCUAUCUCACCUACAGGCUCUGGAUCGCUUCACUACCGACAUGGCCCAGUCGGUUGUCAGAGCCCUAUUCAACUAUUUUACUGAUCUCCAGGCUCUGAAUCAAGCUGCCAGAUAUCGUGUUCUACAGCUCCUCAACGCCAUCCUCGAACGUCAUCGUAAAGCGCUGAGAGAUAUGGGAGACGAAUCUCUUGUCGGCAUCACCAACCUUGUCUCCGGCGAAAAGGAUCCUCGCAACUUGAUGCUCGUUUUUUCUAUGCUCCGGGUCCUCAUGAUCGAAUGGGACAUCUCAAGUCAUGUCGAGCUCAUGUUUGACUCGGUCUACGCCUACUUUCCCAUCACCUUCCGUCCUCCCCCCAAUGACCCUUAUGGCAUUACAGCACAGGACCUGAAGGACCGUCUUUGUGAAUGCCUUGCUUCCACGGGCGAAUUUGCACCUCACACAUUUCCCAAUAUGUUGGACCGUCUGGACUCAAUAUCAAAUACCGUGAAAAAGGAUGUCCUUCAGACUUUGGCCGCAUGUGCAAACAACUACGACCCCACUGUCAUAACACAAUACUCUAUCACACUUUGGGACGCUGUCAAAUUCGAAGUCUUGCAAGCUCAAGAGCCUGAAUUGGCUGCCGAUGCCCUUCGAGUUCUCAAAGGUAUUGCCACUUGUCUGUCAAAGACUUCGACAAACUCCCCGACGUCACCCUUACUUCUAUAUCUCAAGCCUGUCGACAAAGAAUGCCUCGAGCACCUACAAGAGCCUGCAUCACGUCAGGCAAAGGCAUGCGGCGAAAUACUCCAUGCCGUCUCUUCAGCAUCUUUACCAUCGUUUGAAAUCGUUAUCAAGGCCGUUGGACCGGCAUUGUUCACUAUUUACCAAUCCGCCGAUGGGUUAGUCCAUCAAAGAGCUAUUUUGGAAGUCACCAACCAUAUGUUUGAGGCGGCCAUCGAGGUCUACGGGUCAUGGACCGCUCCAAGCAAGAAAAAUCCACAAGGCAAAGAAAGUCUCCUCCUCGAGUUCAAGGACAAGUUCGUCGCCCUCUACAGCCAAGCCUUGAUGGGGACUGUCAAAGAAGAAGUCUCAUUCAGGUCGACGGCUGCCGAGGGUCUGCUUCUCAUCUCGAAAAUGAAUUCCUUAUUGUCAGACGAUGAGAUUGGACUCUUUGUUCAAUAUUUCAACGACAUUGUCCUAAAAGAAGAAUCUUAUGGUCGGGAUGAACUCAAAAAGAAAGCCAUGACCUCUUUGGCCGAAAUCUCCAAGUUCAAACCUGCCUUGAUAUCCGAUAUUACGUUUCCCGCCUUCAUGUCGUGUCUCCCAGAUACGGAGCAAGGCGCCAAAUCAAGUGAUUAUGGUCCUGUGCUGGAAGGCUUGGCCGAGAUUAGCGUUGAGAAGCAGUUGUUGGAAACCUUGAUGAGGAGGCUGUUGAACAAGGUUGAUCUUCUCAUUGCCUCGGACUCGCAAGUUGGAUUUUCAUACACCUCAGCAAUCCUCGGGACGGUUCUAUUCGUGCUAAACAAAGCUGCCUCGGAUCAAAAGGUGGCCUUGGAUUUUUGGUACCAACGAGUUGUGGUUGGGCUGUCAAAGAAAUCUACCGAACAGCCGACUGGUGCCCUAGCUAACCAAGAUGUGCUUGACUUACUGGGGAGAAUAAUGAACCUCAUUGUCAGGCGGUCCUCUAAUGUUUCCAACAUCCAACAUACCGCCGAAAACAUCUAUCAACUUUUCCGACAAUCCUCUGUUAAUGAUGUUUCAAAGCCACUGGUUCAUUUUGAUCCUCCAUCCUCCAUUAUCAUAUCCACGUGGCUGCUGGCAGCGGUUCCGCGCAAAACCCAGUCGAAUCUGUUCCAGCAAGGUCAAAUUCACGAGACAGUUCAAGAACUACUUGCCUUUGCUUCAAAGAGUACGAAUCAAGCUAUCACACAAAGCUCUCUGACACAAGUUGCUCUGUAUGUCAACAAGCAUGUCCAAACCAAAGAUAUUGAGUUUGUGGAACGACUUUUAUCCAACACCUUAACGGAACUCAAGGACUAUUCGAUGGACGGUUCGGAUACACCAGACUUCAAUAUUCGAGCCGUGUUCACGCUGACCAGGGCACUCGCGCUUCGUCUGGCUCCAAAGACAAACGAUUAUCUUCUUAGUCUCGUUGAUCUGUUAGACCAGAGCACUUAUCCUGUGGACGUUUCCAAAAAGGCGGCCAUGGGAUUUGUGAGCAUCCUGGCCCCGGAUGAUGUGCUAUCCAAAACAAAUGAUGCUCAGAUUCGACUGCUUGCACCUCAGCGCGUUUUCCAAACCCUCACGCCGCUAAUCGCCGAGAGAUUCCGGUCAUCAUCAUCCGCAGCAGAAAAAGAGAACUAUCUCGUUGCUCUUAGCGGGAUUCUUACCAAUGUACCAUCUGAUAUUGUCAUGCCAGAAUUGCCAACACUACUACCACUGCUUUUGCAAUCACUGGAUAUAACGGAUCAAAUGGUUAAGAUUGCCACAUUGGAAACAUUGGCGGUAGUUAUUUCGAGCAACCCCAAAGCGCUGGAAGAGAGUGGCCACAUUCCAGCACUAGUGAAGCGACUCCUAGCAGUUGCGACUGUGCCGAAACUAAAGCCUUCACCAUUUUCGACAAAGCAGAACUCGAUGACAAACAACACAAGGGCACCGGUAAACCUUCCAAAAACCCGUCGAUUGGCUACCCGAUGUCUGACACUGAUGCCAAAAUACAUCACAUCAAGUUCUACUCGAGCCAACCCAUUGUUGAACCUAAAGCGAGAGGUCUUGCAUGGCUUGAAGGGAGUGCUAGACGACUCGAAGCGUGAUGUGAGGAAAGAGGCAGUGGAUGCUAGAGGGUCAUGGUUGAGAGGUGUGGAUGAUAUGAAUGAUGAUGAUGACGACUGAUACAUCAAUGACCCUUUCUACCCGGCUGGGAAUGUUUGGCCUUUUGAGAAUCAAGAGUCGAAUUGCAUAAAGAAAUCUCGUAGAUUAGUCCAUCUUUGGCUAGACAAGGUGGACAGAUCCGAGUGGGUAGAUAAUGACAGAUACAGGUAGACUGUUGAAAGCGGAUUGAGAAGA